CGACACACCAGUAAUGAGGUGGUGGUGCUGAGAGUCAUAUUCUCUACGCGCGUGCGAAUUAAAACGCAUUUAAUCAUGCCGAUGAAAGGAAGGUUCCCCAUACGGAGGACGUUAGAAUAUCUGCAGAAAGGAGAAGUGGUCUUCAAAAACUCGGUGAAGAUUAUGACUGUGAAUUACAACACGCGUGGAGAACUGAGCGAAGGCGCAAGGAAAUUUGUGUUCUUCUCUGUGCCACAAAUACAGUACAAAAAUCCCUGGGUUCAAAUAAUGAUGUUCAAAAAUAUGACCCCAUCACCUUUUCUCCGAUUCUACCUGGGUGAUGGCGAGCAGGUAUUGGUGGACGUAGAAGGAAAGGACUAUAAAGAAAUAACCCAGCAUGUCAAGAAGAUCCUGGGCAAGUCAGAUAAAGUUCUGCAAGCAGAGGCGUUAGCCAAGAUGGAGUCCUCAAACCCUGCGAACUUCGGGCCCAAAAAAUACUUCCUGCGCGAGUGUAUAAGCGAAGUGGAAGGUCAGGUUCCUCACCCAGGUCACGUGCCUUUGCCAAAAGAGAUGACUGGCAAAUACAGGACCAAAAUGGCUGCGAGCUCUGAGGACUAAACCUGGUCACAGGAAAAAGGACAGGACAGGAUUGUAACAUUUCAUCCUUUAAUCAGUUCUUCUGCCCAAAUGGACUGCAGUCAGUAUGUGUGAAAAUGCUUUCCUCAUACUGUGGAAAUAAUAAGCAGCCAUGGUGUUUUUUUUUUGUUUUUUUUUGUAAAAUAUAAAAUGGACUGUUGUUUGAUUACUUACUUGGUCUUCACUAAGACAUGAUGAUAAAUGAAUGACACCACAGUAAAGAUUCAUUUGACCGCAAUAUUCUUACUUGAUCAGUUUUAUUAGUGCUGAGUUUGCAUUCUGAACGAGAACAGGCAUCAAAUGCGACCAGACUUUCCACUGACAUUAGCCACAAACACAUCAUUUAUACAUUAGAGAAAUAUCACCAAAAAAACAACAACCCUGUUCCGCAUUUAGCCCUAUGCAGACGUGUUUUUAGUGAUACUCCGUAAUCAUUUAAACUGAAAUACUGCCUAUUCAUGAUAAAUAAAUCUCGGAACUGC